AUGAAUUGCGGGGAUGGAAAGAGAGGCCGAGUAGGGUACGGCGUGGUAGGGGUGGACAAGGUAUUGUCCACGGGGGGGAUGCACACCAAAGACAUUAUGAGUGAGGAGGUGCUCCGCAAAAUGAACUUGUUCAGCGAAGAAUUCAACAUGGCCAGCAUCCUGGAGGAACUGCAAAGGAAUUACAACGACAGGAAACACCUGCUGAGCGAAGUUAACCACGAUGUUCUUUCUACACACAAAAGAAGGGAAGGUCUUAGCAAGUACGAAGCAAAUCUACUUCACAAACAGACACACAUUAUUUUGUACAUGAGGGACAAUUACCAAAAGCUCAAUAAUGUUAGUUAUGUCAAGUAUCAUUUACCUUACUGUGUUCAGCCCAAAACGAAUAACACGGACAUGUGUGCAUCGAAAAAUGGACUCCAAAAAAAUGCGAAGAAGAAAAACAUUUUACGGGAACUGAAUGUGAGGAAGAAAAUCGCUGAGUAUAAGGUAGACCACUUUGUCAGGAAAUACACCGGAAAAAUCAAGGGGAGUAACAUAAUGCACACACAAUUGGCACAGCUAUAUGAACAAAAAUCUGCAGUUGAAAUUUUUGUAAAAAGCCAGAGGGGUGACAACAACAACUUUGACCUUAUCAUUGGGCACAUUGUCUUUUUCGAUUACCGCGCAAACGUGUUACUUGAGAAUGCAGUGCUACUUGCAGCUUCGGGCGAGCGGAGAUGCCCGUGGAUGUUUAUUCAGUUAAAGCAAACGCAAAAAAAGCGUGAAAACCUGAAUAGUGCGAAAUGGAUGCACAAUUCAAUCAUUUUGAGAAUAAUGAGCAGCCGGCACCAAAUGGGCACCAUGCACACAUAA